ACUUUGUGUUGGAGUCGACUGUCUUGAUUCGUGUGCGCAGCCUGCCACAACGACCGUCCAGGACCUUUUCAAAAGCUGGAAAAGAAGUGAAAAAGGCUUGUAAAAAUGGCGCAAUGUGUACAAACAACAACGAUUUUGGAACAAAAAGAAGAGAAAACAGUAACUUUGCUGGUACCUCAAGCGGGGAAGAGGAAGUUUGAAAUUGUGUAUUUUAAUCUCGUCAGCUUCGCUUACUGGCAUAUAGCUGGACUAUAUGGCCUUUAUUUGUGUUUCACUUCAGCGAAAUGGGCGACAAUUUUAUUCUCAUUCUUUCUAUUCGUCGUAGCAGAAGUAGGAGUCACGGCUGGCGCCCACAGACUUUGGUCGCAUAAAACUUACAAAGCAAAACUACCUUUACAAAUUCUGCUAAUGGUGAUGAAUUCCCUUGCGUUUCAAAACACAGCCAUUGAUUGGGUGAGAGACCAUCGACUCCAUCACAAGUAUAGCGACACUGAUGCCGAUCCCCAUAAUGCCUCCCGAGGAUUUUUCUAUUCGCACAUCGGUUGGCUGUUUGUGAGGAAACACCCUGAUGUCAAGAAACGAGGAAAGGAAAUUGAUAUAUCUGAUAUUUACAACAAUCCUGUACUGAGGUUCCAGAAGAAGUACGCAAUUCCUUUCAUCGGGGCAGUUUGCUUCGCCUUACCAACAUUGAUACCGGUUUACGGUUGGGGAGAAACCUGGACUAAUGCCUGGCACGUCGCCAUGCUGCGGUACAUUAUGAACCUUAACGUCACCUUCCUGGUCAACAGCGCUGCUCACAUAUAUGGAAAGAGACCUUAUGACAAGAAGAUUCUACCAUCUCAAAACAUAGCUGUGUCCAUAGCAACCUUUGGGGAAGGUUUCCAUAAUUAUCAUCAUGUAUUUCCAUGGGAUUAUCGCGCAGCUGAACUCGGAAAUAACUGUUUGAAUUUCACUACGAAAUUCAUUGAUUUCUUUGCGUGGAUCGGAUGGGCAUAUGAUCUAAAGACUGUUUCGAAAGAAAUGAUAAAACAAAGGUCUAAAAGAACUGGUGAUGGAACUAAUCUAUGGGGAUUAGAAGAUGUGGAUACGCCAGAGGAUUUAAAAAAUACAAAAGGCGAAUAGGCAAAGCCUUAAACUACAAACAGUGAUGUUUAUUGUGAUAUUUAGAAUUAGAAUUAAUUUAUUUGAAAUUAAAUGAAGGUUUUGGAUAACUGUUUUUAAUAAUAAAAA